GCAGUAAAGUGAAUGUAGAGUCGACAACUGUACAUGUAAGACAUAUAGAUUUUAAUGUUCAUGUAACGGCGAAAAUACGAAGACAACAUCAUGGAUCCCCCUAUGAAUGAUAUGGACAAUCCUUACUAUAAUCAACCUCCAGUACAGAAAAGGAACCAGAAAGCAUACCAGCGGAGUCAAAGAGGAGGUUAUGGAGGGGGAUCAGGCUCCCAUYUAUUUGACGACACGAGUGCAGACCAGCAAGGUCCAAUACCAAAUCAGCAGUUUACAGGAGCUGAUUUCCUUCAAGCUCCAGUCACAAACAUGGCAUUUCAAUAUGGUACUAAUAUGGCCUCACAAGGCAAAGAAUACAUGGAGAAAAAUCUGGAUAGAUUUGUAUCAGUUUCCAAGUUAAAGUACUAUUUUGCAGUCGAUACAAAUUAUGUAGUCAAGAAACUUGGGUUACUUUUGUUUCCUUUUACUCACAAGAAUUGGGGUAUUCAGUACAACAAAGCUGAACCAGUUGCACCAAGAUAUGAAAUAAAUGCACCAGACUUGUAUAUCCCUGUGAUGGCAUUUGUGACCUAUGUUCUUGUAGCUGGACUUGUCUUAGGCACACAAAACAGGUUUACACCAGAACAACUUGGUAUAACUGCCAGUUCAACAUUAAUCUGGUUGUUUGUUGAAAUCAUGGCUAUUUUAUUUUCUUUGUACAUGUGUAAUGUACAAUCAGAAAUCAAGACUUUUGACUUGGUAGCAUUCUGUGGAUAUAAAUACUUUGGAAUGAUUCUAAGCUGUMUUGGUGGUCUGGUUUUUAAGUCAGUUGGAUAUUAUAGCGUGUUUAUUUACACAAGUGCAACUGAUGCAUUCUUCUUGAUUCGGACUCUCCGGUUAAUAAUCAUGCCAGAGACUGAAUCAGACUCCACAACAAGAACAAGUAAACGAAGAGUCUACAUGCUUCUCUUCAUAGCAGCUCUUCAACCUCUAUUUAUGUUCUUCUUAACAAGACAUCUACAGCCAACCAGCACCCCUCCUACAGACACAGGAGUAUAGAUUAUGUAUAAUUGAACAAUUUUUGUUUUAUCAGAUUAUUUGAGAGGUUUUGAUACAGCUGUGUUGAACUGUAGCAAAGUACAAGAAUAACAUUAUCAAAGGGAGGCCAUAUUUUGUUUUUGAGGUACAUUUCAACCAGGCUGGCAAUAUGGUAAAAGCAAUAAGGAGGAUUUGAUACAUAAAACAACGAGAAAUGUUAGUUAAACUUGCACACAGUCUAUAUUACUAGAAGGAAACUAUUGUACAAUUUAAGAAGUGGAUCUGGCAGAAUCAAUAUGCCGAGAAAUAAGUGAAGAAAGAACUACUUAUAAAAAUAAAGAGUUUAAAUAUUAAA